AUGACGGUUGUAAUUGCGAAACAAACUCCUCCACAACUGAGAGCUGCGCCUGUCAUUGUCGACGAAGAAUCAGCCAUUCCGGAGUCAGUCAUUGUUGCCUGUCAGGAGGCCCAAAAGGGUGGUCUCCUGGCCUCUUCGAACUACGGAAAUCUACUCGCAACAAUGUCGGGUUACGAAAAACCUCCAGCCUAUAGCUACGGUACGUUGUUGAUGUUAUUGGUGCUUCCAGAAGAGACUCUCGGCCGCUUAACGGAUCUACCCGAGNGCUACGGCAUUGCCACACGACCUGAUCAGGCACCUGGCUAUCCCGCAUACAACCAAUCACAGUUUAAUCUCUCCUACUCGAAUUCCCACGCGCAGGUCCCAUCUGGUCUCCCAGAUGCUGCUCAAAUCCCCCUGCUCACCGAAGAGUCAUAUCAAUCCCAUGACUCGUCUUAUGCUCAACAAAAUGCACCAUCUUAUCCUUCGUACAUGGCUGCUGGAUCCCGUACCUUGCCUGAUAUCGUCUCGCUUACGCCACAACGAGGCCCUGCAGGUGGUAGAUUCAUCAUUUACAUGAACGCCACCGAGGACCUGACAAGCAACGGAGUCUCGUUCAUUGUGUCUUUCGGUACCAAACGCUGCGAAGGUCGUCUUACCACCUUGCCCGGUUCAGGUCAACAGCCAAACUUUGCCUUUCUUGUUGACGUUCCUCCCUUCGAGGCUACUGCAUCAUCGAGCACUGCAGUCACCAUCUACCUUGAGAUGAUAGACAGCAACAAGCAGUCCUUGAAUGUGCCCGUCGAGGUUGGUCAGUACACAUAUACAGACGCGACACCUUACGCCAUCUCGAGUCCGUCGCAAAACAGUACGCGCAAGAGGAAGAUGUCAGAAGAGGCCCAGUCGCCGAACAAGCGACCUUCGUCACAGAACCUCCGUGAUUCUCCUCUUCACAACCCUGCUGAAGUCAAGUUCACGCCGCCUUCGUCCACCAUGGUUGAUCCAUACUCUUCUCGUCCUCAGACAUCUUCUAGCGCAAUCUCGUACGCUCGUACUUUCAACGCCCCUGCACCUACACAAUACUCGCAGAACCUGCAACAGGCGCCGACUUACAGACUAGCUCCCACGCCCAUUGGUAUGCCUCAACCUCAGCCCUUCAACUCGUACCCUUCGACAUACAUGACUAGUGACCGAGCUGCACCCACUGCGCAGGUCACCAACGUCUCGUCGAGCGGUGCAAACCCACCUCUCAUUCGCACCACUGCCUUACAGCCAUCGCCUACUGGCAUGUCACCGAGUCAACCUUUCAACCCAUAUGCCAUGUACCCUUCCAACAUCAAGGCUGUUCUCAAGCUUGAGGGUGAUCUCAAUGGCAUGGCGAAUGACUGGAAUGCAGACGAAGUUGCUGCAAGACGUCGCAUUGUGCGCUUCCGCCGCAGUCAGAAUGGUAGUGUCAUUUCUGCUUCCUUCCAGCCCGUCACACCCGAGGAACACGCGCAAGCGCCUGGCUGCAUUUACGUCAACUGCAUCUGGUGGGAAGAGGAGAACGGCUGCUAUAUCACCAGUGUCGAUACUAUUCAGCUUCUGGAGUCAUUGGUUGCUGUUCGCUUUACUGUCGAAGAGAAGAACCGUAUUCGUCGCAAUCUCGAGGGUUUCAGACCUCAGACAGUGUCGAAGACCAAGGCUAAAUGCGAAGAAUUCUUCAAGAUUAUUAUGGGAUUCCCGAGCCCUAAGCCACGCAACAUUGAGAAGGACGUCAAGGUCUUCCCUUGGAGAAUUCUUGCAGGCGCUCUCAAGAAGAUCAUUGGCAAAUACUCUGCAAGUUACUCCUCAACUGCUGGCGCUCUGCCCUCACCAAGUUCAGUCGCACCACCCAGACAUCAGCUGCACAGUUCAUCCCCUCCUUCGGUCACAAGCAACACCUCCAUGUCAUUCCCUACUAGUAUGACUGCAACGAGCAUGCCAAUGCAUCAGUCAAAUAUAUCAGCAGGUAUGAGUGCCAUGUCAGCUGGACUUGGCGACUCACGCCUCAUGAUGCAGCAACAGCAGCCGCAUGCGCAGCAGCAGCAACAACAACAGCAGCAGCAUCAAUACCAACCGCAGCAUCAUUAUCAAAGCCAACAGCCACCACUACAGCAAUCUCAUAGUCAAGGCCCUCAGUCUGGAGUCGGAUGGCAUCAGCCAUCAGCUCACUACACAACCGAGCCCGCUGUCGCGAAUCGCACAGGUAGCAUAGAUUUCGCUACACUGUGGGAGACUACCAACCCACAGGUACCUCAAGGCCAUCAGCAGCAGCGCAUUCCAUCCAUCAGUCAGUCAUUGCCUCAUUUGUGGCCGCAGCAAGACUGGAAAGAUUAUCGCACGACGCAAGCCUAG